AUGUUGUCUCCCCUGACUAGAAAUAUGUUCAGUCUCAAGAGAAGAAGCAUUCAGCAAAUUAGGGCAAGCUCCCCAGAUUUUCAUGACAAAUAGGAUAAUGCUGUACUAGCCAGUGGAACCACUUUCUGUGUUGGUGCAUGGAUAUUUAAAACCACCCAGAUUAGAAUAGAAUGGAACCUGUCCCCUGUUGGCAGAGUCACCCCAAAAGAGUGGAAUGAUGAGUAA